AUGCGGGAGCUGAGCCCGCCGACCUGGUUGCAUCCGGGGCUGCUGUGCAACCUCCUGGGUGGAAGCUUGAUGACGCCCGCGGUCCUGCUGGAGGGGCUGGCCAGAGCCUGCGGGAGGAUCACGCCGCCCCUGUGCGCGGUCAUCAAGCUCCUGGGCACCGAGAAGGGGAAGAAGAGCAAGGCCAACCUGCUCUUUCUGGCCGGGCACCGAGUGCUGAAGUGGGUGGAGCGGAGUCACGCGAGCGAAAAGGCUCUCACCGCGCUGCUCAAGUGUGGGGCUGAGGACCACGUGCAGGCGGUGACCAAGCUCCAGAGCUCAGUGAAGCUCCUGCAGAAGGACAACCUGAAUCUGCUCAGAGACCUGGCCGUGCACAUUGCCCGCAGCCUCAGGGACAGCCCGGACUGGGGCGGGGUGGUGGCGCUGCACAGGAAGGAGGGUGACUCUGAGUUCAUGAACAUCAUUGCCAAUGAGAUUGGAGCCGAGGACACCCUCCUGUUCCUGACUGUGGGAGACGAGAAGGGGGCUGGGCUCUUCUUACUGGCUGGGCCCCCUGAAGCCGUGGGGACUCUGGGACCCAGGGUGGCCGAGGUCCUGGAAGGUAAAGGAGCAGGGAAGAAAGGCCGCUUCCAGGGCAAGGCCACCAAGAUGAGUCGGCGCGCGGAGGCACGGGUGCUGCUGCAGAGCCACGCGGGCCUGCGGAGCGUGGAGGGCUGAGCUGGGCAGUGACAGCCCGGCUUUAGUGGCUCUGCACCCUGGAUUCAGCACCGAGCUGUGCAUCAGCACGUGCUUGUCAAUAAACAGUUUUUGUUCUUUU